AUGACGGCCACCGCACGGCGCGGCCGGCGUCCGCGUACCCUCGAAUUGCCGGAUAUCGAGCGCGAAUUCGAGCCCUUCCUCUCACCAACUUCGCCGUCUUGUGGUGGAAGGCGUGAACAGACCUCGAUAACGCCGCUGUCCAGGAGUAGAAAGGGAACUGUGGUGUCGUCUCCUAAAGCUGCAGCUACGCAGGAUGAGACCUUUAAGGCGCCUCCGCGUUUUCUUGAAAAGCCGGACGCGUCGCAGUGUUUCAGUGACGAAAUGUCUUCCGCCACGUGGGUGAACUUUCUCCCUCGUAACAGGCUCCACGGGGUCUCAGCAGUGACUGAUGUAGACGUCCCCGUCACCAUGGAGUCCAUGGAGCCCAACGCACUCUUUCGAACCUCCGGGUCAUCCCGUCAGUCUUCUGCGUGUGUACGAGAGAUUCCUUCAGAACCUGCUACAGACGGCGACAAGGGAUUUCUCGGCAUGAUUUGCCCUUGCGAAGAGCCUCGACAAUCUAGUUACACCGCCAGACUGUCCUCAGGGAGAGCCAACACUCGUGAGCUCUCAGGACCUGUCAAUGCGCCCUUCUUCUUCUCUAAAAUAAAAGGCAAGUCCGCCCGAACUGAACAAAAUAACUGGGUGCAGUGGCAGCCUCAAACAACUACCCCACCUGCUCCCUGUGAAGACCCACUCGCAGGCCUGAGUAGUCCAACUCUAGAGGGGUUCGCUAUGCCGCGGCUUUCGAGUUCGCGGAGCGCCGUGUACUCAGUGGGAGUCUCAGCAUCCCUGUCCUCUCCAAGUCCAUGCAGAAGGCUCCGAAGCACCUGUCAGGAGACUGAACGUCGCUGUGACCGGGGAAGGACGAGCAAAUCUCCGGCAGUUUUUCCUAAACUGAGGAACCAUUUACACCGGAGGCAGCGCACAGACCCAGCGUGCAACGUGGGUGGGGAAUGGGCAGCAGAAAUCUCGGACUCUGAUGCUAUUGAGCCCAUGGCCAUCAAGGAGAUUCAAAGAGAAAACCGACUAUUGAAGGUGAGUGUGUACACCAUCACCCAGCAGGCACACAGUGAAGGAACGGAUGUGGCUUGUAUUGCCUGUAUAGAGGACCUUCAACAUCCUAACAUGUGCGAUGACAGAAAGACCUCAAAGGAAACACUUGCCAUUCGUCAGCUCCAGGCGGAAAAGCAGCAAUUGCAGACUUCUCUCCUCCAAACUGAGGCUGCGCGCCUUCGGGACGUUUGGCUGACCAAAACAGCCCAGGCGGUGGCCGCAGCGGAGAUGAAGCUGCGACGAUCCUACGAGGAACUUCAGAAAAAAAGAGAGACGCAACACGCCUCUGAGGUGGCGACACUGCAGAUCGCGCAGCACGAAUUGGAGAAACGCUUGGAAGCGGCGCAGGCUCAAGCCAACGAAGCAAAAGUGACAGGGCGUGGCGCGGAAACUCAUCAAGAACAGCUGGACCAAGCUCACGCAGAAGAGGCGCGCAAGCUUCGUGAAGAGAUCAGUGCACUGCGAGUGACGUUUCAGAAGGAGACUGCAAGAUUGACAGAAGCGGGGAAGGAACAACUUGCACAAGCCCAACAGGAGAUAGUACAGCUGAGGGAACGGUGCGAAGCAGAGCAGAAACAGAGGCAUGAGCUUGAAAACGCAGCGAAAGCUCUUUCAGCGGCACCUCGUGGCUCGACCGCAGCAGUAUCCGGGGAUGAUAUUCAUUCGAAAUCAAGGAGAAAGCAUGUGCUGCAAGUUCGCAAGCUGAGAAAUGCUGAAGACGUGGCAUUACUGAAAGCUACAUUAGCUGCUCACAGAGCGAGGACUACCCUUCGCGCACUCAUCCGCAACAGCCUACAACCCUGUCAAAACCACUUCGCGGAUGCCGGGGAGAAGCCGAAGCAAGCACAGUCAAAAACGCCUACUGCCGGAAAUACACCGACUCCCACGAACGACUCCCACCAGGCUUCGCCGACAAAUCAACUCACCGCAGGCUUGGGCAAUCCCCCUUCCACCAAUUGCGCUACUAGUGAGACGUGACUUCGUCAGGAA